GGAGCAGUCAGUCGGGCACGAUCGGAGCCGGCAGGCGGGCUGCACGCUGCCUUCCAGGCUUUCGUCCGCGCGCCGGGGCGCGGGGAGGAACCGCGGGGCCCUCGGGCUGGCCCGGGCUCGAGGUGCCCGACUCGGUACCGCCCGCCGGGACGAUGGCGCUGCGCGCCCGGGCGCUGUACGACUUCAGGUCGGAGAACCCGGGCGAGAUCUCGCUGCGGGAGCACGAGGUGCUGAGUCUGUGCAGCGAGCAGGACAUCGAAGGCUGGCUCGAGGGCGUCAACAGCCGCGGUGACCGAGGCCUCUUUCCGGCCUCGUACGUGCAGGUGAUCCGCGCCCCGGAGCCGGGUCCGGCGGGCGACCUGGGUCCCGGGGCCCCGGCGCGCUACGCCAACGUACCUCCCGGUGGCUUCGAGCCCUUGCCUGCUGCACCGCCCGCAUCCUUCAAGCCGCCUCCAGACGCCUUUCAGCCACUGCUGCAGCCUCAGCAGGCGCCGCCUAACACCUUCCAGCAGCCCGGCUUUCCGUACGGCGGGGGUGCCCUGCAGCCGGCGGCGCAGCAGCUCUACGGCGGCUACCAGGCCAGCCAGGGCAGCGACGACGACUGGGACGACGAGUGGGACGACAGCUCCACUGUCGCGGACGAGCCGGGCGCUCUGGGCAGCGGCGCCUACCCGGACCUCGACGGCUCGUCGUCGGCGGGCGGCGCGGCCGGCCGCUACCGCCUGUCCACGCGCUCUGACCUGUCGCUGGGCUCGCGGGGCGGCUCCGCGCCCCCGCAGCAUCACCCGUCGGGGGCCAAGAGCUCGGCCACCGUGAGCCGCAACCUCAACCGCUUCUCCACCUUCGUCAAGUCGGGCGGGGAGGCCUUCGUGCUGGGCGAGGCGUCGGGCUUCGUGAAGGACGGGGACAAGCUGUGUGUGGUGCUGGGGCCCUACGGCCCCGAGUGGCAGGAGAACCCCUACCCCUUCCAGUGCACCAUCGACGACCCCACCAAGCAGACCAAGUUCAAGGGUAUGAAGAGCUACAUCUCUUACAAGCUGGUGCCCACACACACGCAGGUACCGGUGCACAGGCGCUACAAGCACUUCGACUGGCUGUAUGCUCGCCUGGCUGAGAAGUUCCCGGUGAUCUCGGUGCCCCACCUGCCUGAGAAGCAGGCCACUGGCCGUUUCGAGGAGGACUUCAUCUCCAAGCGCAGGAAGGGCCUGAUCUGGUGGAUGAACCACAUGGCCAGCCACCCGGUGCUGGCUCAGUGCGACGUCUUCCAGCACUUUCUGACCUGCCCCAGCAGCACGGACGAGAAGGCCUGGAAACAGGGUAAACGGAAGGCGGAGAAGGAUGAGAUGGUGGGUGCCAACUUCUUUCUCACUUUGAGCACACCCCCGGCCGCCGCCCUGGACCUGCAGGAGGUGGAGAGCAAGAUCGAUGGCUUCAAGUGCUUCACCAAGAAGAUGGACGACAGUGCGCUGCAGCUCAAUCACACGGCCAAUGAGUUUGCACGCAAGCAGGUGACUGGCUUCAAGAAAGAGUAUCAGAAGGUGGGCCAGUCCUUCCGCGGCCUCAGCCAGGCCUUUGAACUGGACCAGCAGGCCUUCUCGGUGGGCCUGAACCAGGCCAUCGCCUUCACCGGAGACGCCUAUGACGCCAUCGGAGAACUCUUCGCGGAGCAGCCCAGGCAGGACCUGGACCCAGUCAUGGACCUGUUAGCACUGUAUCAGGGGCACCUGGCCAACUUCCCAGACAUCAUCCAUGUUCAGAAAGGAGCUCUUACCAAAGUAAAGGAGAGCAGGCGGCACGUGGAAGAAGGGAAGAUGGAAGUCCAAAAGGCAGAUGGCAUUCAAGACCGCUGUAACACUAUUUCUUUUGCCACGUUGGCUGAAAUUCACCACUUCCAUCAAAUUAGAGUAAGAGACUUUAAAUCACAGAUGCAGCAUUUUUUACAACAGCAAAUAAUAUUUUUCCAAAAAGUGACCCAGAAGUUGGAAGAAGCUCUUCACAAAUAUGAUAGUGUGUAACAGCUGGACAUGAAUACGAUAGUGUAUAACGGCUGGACAUGAAUACGAUAGUGUGUAAUGGCUGGACAUGGGAUUGUGUGCUUUUUUUCAGUUCAAGGAUAAUUUCUACAGCAAAAUAAAAACUGCUAUCAAAGAGCUGUUGCCAACUAUCAGUGGUGGUUACAAUGAUGGUUCUGUGUUCAACUGAAGCCCAGCUGAACAUAAAAUUAUGUAGGAGAGAAGCAGUUAAUAUGGUUAUAUAGUAGAAACAGUACCACACUUUGUAACUAAAUUAUACUAUGUAUGCCUACACUACCAUUGUAACUUUUGGAAUAAUGAUUAUACUAUUUGCCUUAUUGCUUUUUUGAAGUAUGGGUAUCUUGGUGUAUACUUUGUAGACCUCAAAACCCAUGAAGAGUCUCAAAGAAGCUGGCUGGGUAAAAGCCUGCUGUGGAUGAUGCCUUUUUAUUCUCAUAGAUCGAGAUUACCUAAAUUCAACCUAUUCUCUGUUUACAAACAACUAGAGCAGCUAUGCGACUUUGUGCCUUUAGACUCAUGGUUUUUCAUUUCUGCCCCACCCCCUCUUAAUUAAGCCCCAACUUUCCUGAUUGAAAGAAUGAAAGGCCAGUGCAUUGGUGACGAACUGAUGGAAACCUCAUACUGCUGGGGGCGGGUGGGAGGACCAGCUGCCAUUACUUUGCACAGCAGGUGUCAUCUCCUGAUAAGAUGCUGGCGGAUGCGCAAUGGCAUCUUCGGAAGAGAUGAUGCACCAUGUUCACUGACACAGUACGGUAGCAUAGCCUCUCGCCACAGGGCCACUCAUCUAGACUGGGCAUGAGGAUUUCAGUAAGCGUGUCUUAGGACAAUGGAGGAGGAGGAGGAAUCCCAUCAAUCAGGGGAUAAAGUACAGAAACAGUGAUGACACACUUGGUCUUAGUUCUUAGGAGGGUUUUUUUUUUCCUUUUUUUUUUUUUUUUAGCUUGAAGAUUUUUCUUUUAAUAUUCAGUUUUUUUUGUUUUGUUUUUAAAUGGAUCUACACUGUUAACUGAUUGAGACUCCACUGUGAUUCACUCGUUUACUUAAUCAAAAACUUUUCAGGGAUGUCUGUAAAUUUCAGUGUUAUACGUGAUGAAAAAUGGUGUUGGUUGAUCUAAGUAGGGACCAGAAGUAAUUUCUACUAUUCCAGUACUGAAGGAAAAAUAUUGAUCUAUACUGUGUUUUUAAAAACUAAGUAUUGAUAAAGCCCCCAAGACAUUUAACCCUAAAAAUUAUUUUAAAUACAUUCUUUUAUUACUAUAAGGGAACUACAAAUGGCUGUUAAAUACCAAAAAGAUUCAAAAGCAGCUUAAUUUAAAAAGCACAAAGAGAUUCUGGCUUGAAAUGCCUAAAUCUCAAAUGUUUUUGUAGUUGCUGAGCUAAAUAAUGUGAUUCUUGAGUUUACAGAUUUAAAAACUGUCACUGAAAGGUUAAAGUACCUAUAUCUACUGUUUCUAUGAAAUCACACUUAUGCUGCCUCAGAAAUCCUGGUAUUGAAAUGGUGGCAUGGGAGUAAAAGGUUAGUUUUCAAAUGAUGGUGAGUCAACAAUUACACAAAAGGGUCAGUCUGCAGAAAGUCUUAAGAAGAAAAGGUUACUGGAAUAAUUACUCAACAGCACAUUUACUCUCUAAGACGUAAUCUCAAAUGGGUUGAAUUUUUAAGAUAAAAUUAUAAUAAUUUUGAUCUUUGGUUGAGAUUUUGUACUUUAGAAUACUUAGAGACAAAGUUGACAUCUUGUGGCAUUGACUUUACAACAGACAUGUGGGACUGUUGCAAAAGCAUUCUCUAAAAAGUAACUUCCUCUUGUUGAUUGCAAAAUACAGUUCCAUAAACAAAACCCACAUAUAUUUAAAAAUUAAUUUUAUUGCAGAAGUUUGGAGGUAAUAAUUAUAGAUUUUAAGUUUGAGUCUGUAUUAAACAAGCAGGCACUCCGCUUUUCAAAUGAUUUGAAAGACUUUUUUUUUUUUUUUUUAAGUAAAAUCACUAAACUUGUGCAGAGGUAGCAUGGAAAACAUCUGAGGUGUCAUAUGAUUGUGCUUUAGCCAGGGUGGACAUAGCUUAAAUUAUAAAACUAAAAUACAAAGAAGUAUAAGUAAGUUCAUGCUGCCUACUUCUGAGAGAACUUUUGUCCUUUAUAACCAUGUAACAUAAUGCCACUGAUUCAUAGGCGGGUUUAAAUUAAUUCUAGGGGUUAAAACACAAGAGUUCCUAGUGUCCAUUUUCAUCCAAGAUCCUUAUUCUCUAACGUUCUUGGUCCUAUUGAAACAUUUCAGUAUAUAAAAAUACUGAGAUGUUCAUGCCCAAGAGAAAAGCCAUUCUCAUGUGUAUGCUGGUCACGAUGAUCAGUGUGAUACCAUUUUUGUUUUUUGUUUUUAAAUAAACUAUCAUGCCCUUCAA